GGUUUAUCCGCCAAGUAAGACAUAGUCCGUUGGGCUUAGUUCAUAAUCGAUAUACGAUGUAUUUUCAUUCAUCACCACCUAACCCUAGAUAUAUAUAAUAAACCACAAAAACCAUCGUCACUUCACUUGGACACUAACAGAGGGUUUCAAUCUUCAAGUUGCAGCUUAGCUUCUUCAUCUCACCAUGUCUAGGAGAAAGAACAGAGAGCCCAAGGAGGAGACUGUUACACUCGGACCAACUUUAAGGGAUGGGGAAAAGGUGUUUGGUGUUGCACAUAUUUUUGCGUCAUUCAAUGAUACUUUCAUUCAUGUUACUGAUUUGUCCGGAAGAGAAACCCUUGUUCGGAUUACUGGUGGUAUGAAGGUGAAGGCUGAUAGGGAUGAAUCCUCUCCUUAUGCUGCUAUGCUUGCAGCACAAGAUGUGUCGCAGCGUUGCAAGGAACUUGGUAUCACUGCACUUCACAUCAAGCUCAGAGCUACGGGAGGGAAUAAAACAAAAACACCUGGACCUGGUGCCCAAUCUGCCCUGAGAGCCCUUGCUCGAUCAGGCAUGAAAAUUGGCCGUAUAGAGGAUGUUACUCCAAUCCCCACGGAUAGUACCCGCAGAAAGAGUGGUAGAAGAGGAAGAAGGCUUUAAGUCCCUUUACUUUUGUUAUGCGGUUUUGAUCGCUACAUGCACUUGUGCUUUAUCUGAUUAUCUAGACAGCAGUGGAGAAUGUUUUCUGCCAUUUCCCCAAUCUUUUGAUGCUGUGGUGUGAUUGAACAAUUGGAUUUUUCUUAGUUUUUAUUACCCAAGUCAUCUAUUCCUUUUUAACAUUUCAUGUAGUUAUACAAUAUUUUAAAGAAAAUUAACUACUUUUCUAAA